AUGCAAGUGCCGGUUCUCGGCUGCACUUUCCUCACGCUGUCAGAUCGUGAGGAAAGUACUGCUGAGAACCGGCAGUUGUCAGAGCGGGGAUCGGCGCCGAUCAUCAGGGCACUGAUGAUCAGUGCCCUGAUGAUUGGUGCUCAGCAGUGCCACCCACAACAGUGCCACCCACCUGUGCCCACCCACCUGUGCCCACCAGUGCCACCCACCUGUGCCCACCCACCAGUGCUGCCCACCAGCACUAUCCCGUGACACCUCGUUAGUGCUGUCUAUCACAGUGCUGGCUAUCCGUGCCACCCUCAUUAGUACUGUUAUCAGUGCCCUUUAGUGCGCCUAUCAGUGCCCAUCAGUGCCGCCUAUCAGUGCCCAUCAGUGCUGCCUCAUCAACGCCACAUCAGU